AUGGCGUCGACAUCGUCUGCGGCGGUGACGACGCCUACGCAUUUGCACCCAUUGUCGUUCGAUGAACCGUCUCGAGGACGUCGGCCUCGGGCCAAGAACUCCGUCGAAGAGACGAGGCCGGCCACAAGCUACUUUGACCUCAAAGCGCAACUGGAGAACAGCGCGGAGAAACAAACGAAGAACACGAAUGCCAGCUGGGAUGGCAGUGUUCGCGGAUAUGGUAAGGGGGGCAAGCGGAAGUCGAUCAAGCCCGCGCCGCUCAUCGUCGUGGAAUCGACCAGCGGGACCAUCCUUUCACCUACAACGAUGCAGUACGAUGGCCUUCACGGUCUAUUCGCGGAGACGAACGGCGACGCAGGACCGAUCCCCGAGUUACAGGUGCUGCAUACGAAAUGGCACGAAUAUUCUGACGAAGCGAUUAAGUCGACGGUGUCAGGCUACAGCGCAGUCGCAUCUCCGUCAUACGUGGCUAACCACCCGUACCACUCCGUGAUCCGCAUCCUGUCCUCGGCGGUGCACCGCCUGUCGCGUGCGCGGCAGGAGCUGGAGGAGAGCCGGCAGAUGCUGCUGGAAAAGGAUGCGGCGCGGCGGGAGCGCGCUCAAGCGUUGAUACGAGAACUUCAGCCGUCGGAGAAGGACGUAGGGAAGCGGUUGCUUCAGUCUUUGUUCCCGGACGACGACGAGGAGGACCAUCGCGUGCAGCGGAAGCACAGCGAGGUGUCGCUUUCCGAGUCACUAACGGAGGCGAUCGAGGACGAGGCACCGUUGGCGAGGUCUGUUUCCGAAGACCACAUCACGCCCGCGGUGCCCUCCGUUGCAAGUGAAGAAGAAGUCUCCAUUUCAAAUCUAGGUCCGUCGGCAGAGAAUCCUUCCUCCGACCAGCAGUCCGGGAGCCCAGACGACGAGACGAAGUUGGGGCGGCCCUCGAUCGGGGACUGGAUGGGAACGUGGUGGGUGAAAGGCAAGCAAAACGGGCGUGGGCCAUUGCUUCCUCAACUUGGCGUGGCACAGGAUGCUGGGAAGGAAGGCCACGCGAGCUCGUCUCAGACACCCUCCAGCGAAACGUCUCCACUGCCGUCUGCACCUCAGACUCCCAAUAGGGCUGCACGGCGCAAAGCGAGCAGGAGCGUAUUCGGUACGCUGGGAUUCUCGUUGCUUAAUCCUUCUGUGAGUUCGCUCGGGUCUCGGAAGAGGCGCAACAUGUCCGUGACCGAUAUCGCCGCGUUCGAGCCGCGUACAGAGACCGACGUGUUCAAGACACGCUCUGCCGCGACGUCGCCGUCGCGAAGCGCGUUCACGACACCCCCGCGGGAGGUAUCCCCGCCUCCAGUAGCGUCUUCGUCAUCCACGCUCGCACCGUCGAUGUCGAUGUCGGACCAGAAGCCACCCCAGGGAUCGUCGCUGCGUGCGAUCCUGCAGGCCACUCGCGUCAUGACCUCUGAUCCGGCCAGCGUUCUUGCUGAUCAAGGGCGUGAUACAAGCACCUUCAUCGCGAACCUCGCGCUUGAGCUCGUACGCAAUGCGCGAGAGGAAGGCGUCGAGUUCCGUGAAACUGCCAAGGAGAGGAAGGAGAGGAGGACGGACAAAGUUGACCACUACGAUCCAUACGCUACUCAACAGCCGCCCAGCCAUGACGCGGAUCUCACACCGAUAGUCAAUCGUACAUUCUCCAACGACCAGGCCCGCAGACCAGCACAAGCGAGAAAGCCCAGUGUGAAUAUUCCCGGGUUUGCCUCUCCACUCUUUGGCUCCUUCAUGGCUCAGCAGCAGAAAAUAUCUAACGUUGCCGGUGUUGUGCACAAUCGUGCCUCUACCGAUCCGUCGUCUGCAGCGAAUACGCAGACGGGAACACCAGCAUUACAAGCUACACCUUCCACGAAACCUGGGUCAGUCCCUCUGGAGUCGAUCAUCCCCAUUAAUGCGAAACCACCCACGCAGUUUUUGUCGCGCACAUACACUCCACUCACUUCACGAGAUUUCCACUUUACUAUUCCCCUUCCAGACACUGCCUCUGGGCUUUCCGUGUUGGACGAGCACAACUACGAGGGUAUGACCGAUCGGUAUGGGUUUAUCUAUGACGUCUCGCAGUACGACGUUCUCCUGCUCAUCCGCGCAAAGGAGUGCCAGAACACUGCUCCUGCUUGUCUCACUGGGAUUAAGAUUGCCGACCGCAAGGAGGACAACAGCUGGCCGGACGAGAAUGAGACACCCGAAGAGACGAUCGAGAUCGUGAAGGCACAGUGCGAUUGCGAAGGUGGGGAUGCCGCGGAUACUGUCAGCGUGAACACAUCGAGUACAAGGCAGACGUUGUACAGCAUUCCCACCGCAGACUCAGUGUCGAACUCAUCACAGGCAUCUCGGGGCGCAUCGCCGUCUUCUUCCAAAGGCAGGAGGCGAAGGACACUGAUGGGCUCAUCAGCGCCGAACGGCGCAGCUUCGAAGCGGAACAGCGCUAUCCUCUCCGUAAAUGCGGAGACACCUCGCCACGUUUGCGUUCACACCAUCCGUAGGCUGCUAGCUCAGUUGAUUGAGAUACAUGAUCAGCGGCAGACCGCUCGGCGGAAAGAAUGGGACGUCUUCCUAAAGCUCCGGAGCAAUUCCACGAAGGGAUUCUCCUCGACCUCGAGAGCGAUUGCAUCGGGUGCAGGUGGCGGUGCGGCGGUACUGCUUGGACUCGACAUUGCCUUGGAAGAGGAUGAACUUUUACAUACAGAUGGUCUCAUCGGUUUCGCUCAGCUUGGCCUUUCCUCUAAUCGCGACGAGAAGAAAGAAUUUGAUAAACUCGUGAGGAAUGGUAUUCCUUUGAUGUAUCGUUCGAAGGCCUGGCUUGAGUGUAGCGGCGGGUUGGAAAUGCGCGAGCCCGGCGUGUUCACUGACUUACUUUCCGAGGUGGACAGCGAGAACAGCGUAGCGAGAGAAAUUGAGAAGGACGUUGGCAGGACCAUGCCUCUCAAUAUUUUCUUCGGCAGGACCGGUGCAGGAGUAGACAAGCUACGGAAAGUGUUAAUUGCUUACAGCCGGCGGAACACAGCGGUGGGGUAUUGCCAAGGCAUGAAUCUUGUCGCGUCAACACUUCUGCUGGUACAUGCGGAUGAGGAAGAGGCGUUCUGGGUACUCGCUGCAAUGGUGGAGCGGAUCCUUCCGGAGGAUUUCUUUUCUCCUUCGCUCCUCAGCUCUCGCGCAUGCCCUCUUGUCCUCCUGGACUACGUGAAGGAAUUAAUGCCGAAGUUACAUUCGCAUUUGGCUGAGUUAGGAGUGGACUUGCCUGCAAUCUGCUUCUCGUGGUUCCUCUCACUGUUUACAGAUUGUCUGCCCGUAGAGACUUUGUUCAGAGUCUGGGAUAUCUUCCUGGUCGACGGCUUGGACGUGUUAUUCCGCGUCGCCUUCGCCAUCCUACAUUCGAACGAGCAGGAAUUGUUGCAUUGCCAGUCCAUUCCUGCCGUCUACGUCGCCCUCGAGAGUCUGCCCAACCGUAUGUGGGAAGCCGACCAGCUGAUGCAGUUUGAGUAUGAUCUUCGUCCUACCAUCCUGCAUGUAGAAAUCGUCAGACGUCGCAACCUUCACAUCACUGAGCUCAAGCAAUGCAUGGCGUAG